AUGACUGUUGCCACAGGAGACCCCUCUGACGAGGCGGCUGCACACCCGGGGCACCCGCAGGACUACGACCCGGAGGCCGACCAUGAGUGUUGUGAGAGGGUGGUCAUCAACAUCUCAGGGCUUCGCUUUGAGACUCAACUCAAAACCCUCUCCCAGUUCCCAGAGACCCUGCUCGGGGACCCCAAAAAGAGGAUGCGGUACUUUGAUCCGCUUAGGAACGAGUACUUUUUUGACAGGAACAGACCCAGCUUUGACGCCAUACUGUAUUAUUACCAAUCAGGGGGCAGGCUAAGAAGGCCGGUCAACGUCACUCUUGAUAUUUUCUCAGAGGAGAUUCGCUUCUAUGAGCUGGGCGAGGAGGCCAUUGAGAUGUUCAGAGAAGAUGAGGGUUUCAUCAAGGAGGAGGAGCGGCCUCUUCCUGAUAACGAGUUUCAGAGACAGGUGUGGCUGCUGUUUGAGUACCCAGAGAGCUCAGGUCCUGCUAGGAUUAUUGCCAUAAUCUCUGUCAUGGUCAUCCUGAUCUCUAUAGUCAGUUUCUGCUUGGAAACCCUCCCCAUUUUCCGCAAUGAUGAAGAUGACAUGCACAAGUCUCAUGCAACAGUCUUUUCACCUGAGACCAACACCACAAUCGUCAGCUAUACAUCCACCUACUUCACUGACCCCUUCUUUAUCCUGGAGACUCUCUGCAUUAUAUGGUUCUCAUUUGAGUUUCUGGUGCGCUUCUUUGCCUGCCCCAGCAAAGCAGGCUUUUUUGGUAAUAUAAUGAACAUUAUUGAUAUUGUUGCUAUCAUCCCUUACUUCAUCACUCUUGGCACAGAACUAGCAGACAGGCCAGAGGAUGGUCAAGCGGGUCAGCAAGCCAUGUCUUUAGCCAUUCUCAGGGUCAUCCGCUUAGUACGAGUCUUCAGAAUUUUCAAGCUCUCACGUCACUCCAAGGGGCUUCAGAUUUUGGGUCAGACCCUGAAAGCCAGCAUGCGAGAGCUCGGCCUGCUCAUUUUCUUCCUCUUCAUAGGAGUCAUCCUUUUCUCAAGCGCUGUCUACUUUGCUGAAGCAGACGAGCCCGAGUCACAGUUCGAAAGCAUCCCAGAUGCGUUUUGGUGGGCUGUGGUGUCCAUGACAACAGUCGGCUAUGGUGAUAUGGUCCCAACUACGAUUGGUGGAAAGAUUGUGGGUUCCCUCUGUGCCAUAGCAGGUGUGCUGACCAUUGCCUUGCCCGUGCCUGUCAUUGUGUCCAACUUCAACUACUUCUAUCACCGUGAGACUGAAGGUGAAGAACAGGCGCAGUACCUGCAGGUCAACGCGCCCAAAGCCGAUUCAGCCGAGGAGCUGAAGAAGAGCCGGAGCGGCUCCACCAUCAGUAAAUCGGACUAUAUGGAGAUCCAGGAGGCUGUUAAUAACAGCAACGAGGACUUUCAGGAGGAGAACCUUAAGACAGCCAACUGCACGCUGGCCAACACAAACUAUGUAAACAUCACCAAAAUGCUCACAGACGUGUAG